GUUGUCAAGCAGAAGAUGUCAAGUUGAACAGAAUCUCGAUAUUAGGGUAGGCAAAAUGACAGAGAUGCGUGGGAGGGAGAUGCCAUAAGCGGGGUCUAGGCCGGGGAGUCGGCGAGUCGGAAGAUUGGAGAGGCUGGUGCCAUGCAAUAGGCCGGGGGAUAGGCCCUUUGUUCUUUUCGCUCACUCUUCUUAGCAGGACCUAAUAAAAGUACCACGCUCCUUCAGCUCUAUGGCUCACCGUCGCACCUACUCUGCCCGCCAUCUCAACAUGGGCCACCCUGGCGAUUCUCCUCUCUCCCCUCCUUUGACCCCGCCGCUCGCCGCCCUCAACUCCUUCCAAUACUCUGUCAGAAAACCACGGCAGUUCUGGCAACGUAUCACCUUUCUCGCUCUCUUUGCACUCGUCGUCGUAUCCGGAUACGUCCUCCUCAUUGCCCAACCGUCUCUCUCGCCUAUUCCGUUUGGGGAGACUGACCAUGCGCGCUCCGCUCUCGGAAGUCAACGAUUGUCGAGGCUUUCUCAACAAGCAAGUCGACUCGCCGCUUUGCGACAUAAGUCGCCAUUUGGCGGUACGGCAAAAACAGCAGUUAGACUGAAUCGCGAGCAGGAACUUGCGGCUGUCUCUGCUUUCCUUGCCAGCUUGCCUCAGAAUGUGAUCCCAUCAUCCGUCGACCCCUCGAAACCUAUCGACCCACAGCUGGUCCUCGACUUUGAUACUCAGAGUCCGCAUGCUUUGGAGGAGAUUGAUGCAUUAGUGAACGAGACUUGGGCACGCAACCCAGUCUUUCUUUAUGCCAAGACCCAUUCUCCACUCUCACGAGAACUCAAGCAAAUGCUUGAAGAUAUGAACCUCUUACCAUCUCCCACAAUAAUAGAUGUCGACCAACGACCUGAUGAAUCUGUCCUUACACCUCUGCUCCAUCGCCUCACAUCUACAUCUGACCUCCCCAUUCUCCUCAUUGGUGGCCACACCAUCGGCUCAAUACCAGAAAUUCGGUAUCUGUACGCAAAGGGCGAACUGUCAAGGAUGAUCAACAGAGCGGGAGGUAUCGUGGACGGUGCCAAGAAGAAGAAGGGCCGCAAGCACUAAGGCCUUUUCGGUGCCUUUAACAUGCCUUUCCGGCCCCCUCCUUCGUUAUCUCGACUACCACCGACACCCACGCUAAUGUUCGGCCGAUGCUUGCCCCGUUGUUGCACGCAAGUCGGUCAUACCUUGCUUGUAAAGGGCUCCUGGACACCGAUAACCAUCCUUCACACGUACAUAUACGCCACGAACAUUAUUCCCCUCCCUCUUUCUCUCUCCUGCUCAGGUGUUUCUGAUACUACCGAUGCUUGUGGUCAUAAAUUAGAAGUGCUUGGGACUAUUAACUCCAUCUUUUGUAGACUAGAACACGAUCAUCAACCACUCUCAUUUCUCGGUUGUGGACUUUGGUACUAGUUUGGCUGGUUGUACGAGUAUAGAACUUCACCUUCGCCUCCGCCGCUCCCCUCCCCUCCAUUACCUCCCUUACACCCUUCCUGUCCUCCACAUCCUCCACAUCUUCUACCUCUACCUGUUCAUUCUUCGCUGCCCGCCUGCUUGCCUGUCUUCAUUGACUUCUCUUCUUUGAACCGGGCACCACCUUGCUUCGACUUCUAACAUACCUCUUCCCCAUUCAUACCCCACGUGCACCUUGCAUUUGACUCUGGUUCUUGAUAUCGAUACAUCACUAUCAUAAACUUAUCAUAGCAGUUUUUUUUUCGAAUGUCCUUGGUUACAAUCCAACAGCCUUUGACUAGUUGCGUAGGCGAUUGUGUUAUGAAGCGACGUCAUCUGUCAGUCCCUAGUG